AUGAUAUAUAUUUUACUAACAUCAAUUUUAUAGAUUCAAGCUAAAUCCUGUACUUCUACUCCUAUCACAUGUGAAUCAAUCGUUGAUAUUGAUCUCUGCCAAACUAUUAAAGACUACAAUUAUAAUUCUAUAUGUGAAUGGGAUGAUUAUAACUACAAAUGUUCAAAAGUAUCUCUAGCAAAACUGUCUUGCAAUUAAUUCUUUAAUGAAUACACAUGCAAAAAAAAAUCAUAUAAGUGUUUUUGGGAAGGAUAGCAAACAUCUAUUUUUUCUGAAAGCUCAUAAUAAGAGAAUACUGAAGGGAACUGCGUUGAUCUCACGUAAACAAAAAUUUAAUUAAAAUAGAUGUUAAUCUUUUAAUAAUCGUUUUUCAUGUAGAUCAUUUGCAGAUAUAUCCUGUGAUUGGUAAAAUGAUAAUUGCAUUUAAGUUACUAAAUGUGAAGAUUUUAAAACCAUUAAAGGAUGCAUAAAUUCAAGAUUUAAAUAGAAGUAUUCCUGAAAACUAAAUUUAGAUGUGCAGCUAUUGUUGAUGGGAAAGUUGUUGAAUAAUAAAAGAGAUUAGCACCUGAUGAUUUAAAUUUAUAAUGUUUAAUAGAAGAUUGUAAACAUAGAAUAAAAAUGGCUGAUUGUAAUUUUGUUAAUGGAGUCUAAUGUUUUUGGAGAAAUAAGUAUAUACAAUAUUCUAAUAUUAGUAAAUGUUCUAAAUGUUCAGAUUAUAAUACAUAUGAUUCUUGUAUAAAAAAUUAAGGUUAGUGUUUUUGGAACAUGAAUUAAUGUCAAAAUAUUGAGUAAUAUUAUAUUUUUAUAACAUUUUUAGAUGCUAACAACUGAGUAAUCCUAUUAUGUGUUAUUUAAAGAAAGGAUAAUGUGUAUGGAACUAAUUAAAAUAUAAAUGUGAAUUGAAUUCUGAAGAGCUGAAUGAGCAUUGUUAUUAGGAAUAUCUUUCAACUUAAAACAAAGCUCUUUAGAUAGAUAUAAUGUUAUUGAUAUUUGUGAUUAUGAUUUAUUGA